AUGUCAGAGAUUAAUAAAAAAGUUAUGGAAGAUAUUAUUGAAGUGUCAAGCUCAACUGAAACUGAAAAUUCCGAAGACGCCGUUGCUGACGCCGAAAUGCAGCUUGAUGUUGAAGGUGUUGAAUACAAAAGAAUAAAAAAAACUGAUCAAGAAAUCCAAGAAGAGGUUAAUGUCGAACAAGUUGAUGAAAAAAUGAUUGAAGUGAAUUUAUUCAUCAAUGCCGCUCCAGAGAUCAUUCAGGUACCGUACAAGUUAACAAUUGGUGAAUUAAAAACUGAAAUAAAUAAAAAAGUCAAUGUUGAUUUUGAUCAACACCGCUGGGUCGUCGGUCAGCUGCUGCCGGCUGAUGAAUUGAUGACACUGGAAGCGCUUCAGGUUUCACCCAUUCCAAGAUCGAUUUCAUUGUUUCGACUAAGUAAUAAUUUGAAGCCUGUUGAAGCUGAUAAAAAUGUAGUCGACAAAAUGAUUCAGAAUCAGUACGCGGAAGAUAAUCAUCUUGAUAACUUGGUUAUUGUUGAAGGAGAGCGUGACUGUUUUGAAGUAGGAGAAGCUUGUGCUUUACCAGAACCAGAAAUCACUAAAAUAAAAAAAGAUGAUUCCGAGUACAAAGAAUUAAUCAAGCUGGAGGAAUAUGAGGCUGUCCCGAAUUUAAACGUCUUUGAAUGUCCAAUUUGCUUCGUUUUUUAUGAACCGUUUCAAGGGGUUGUUUUGCGAGAUUGUUUGCAUUCUUUUUGCAGAGAAUGUAUUGAGAGAAAUGUUAAGUUAAACGAUGAUUUUGAAGUUAAGUGUCCAUUCGCUGAUGGUACUUAUGCAUGCCAAUCAAUUUUACAAGAAAGAGAAAUUAAAGCACUUUUGGGAAAAGAUUUGUACGACAAACAUUUGGAAAAGUCACUGAAGCAUGCCGCAUUGACAAGCCCAGAAUCAUUUAAUUGUCGAACAGCUGAUUGUGAUUACUGGUGCCUGCGCCGUACUUGCUUUGAAUACCAGGACGACCUCGUAAUUGCAAAUAAUACCGACGAAGCUAAGCGCCGUACUACUGAGCAGGUAGAAAAUAUGAUAAAAACUCGAGAAGCUAUGCCGUGUCCAAAUUGCGGGAUCAUUUUGACCAAAAUCGAGGGCUGUGAUGGUAUGAAUUGUACAGUUUGUAAAACAGCUAUUUGUUGGGCUACUCGCGGACCUCGUUGGGGACCUGGAGGUAAAGGAGACAAAUCGGGUGGCUGCAAAUGCGAACCAUAUGCGAAAUGUCACCCAAACUGCCGCAACUGCCAUUAA